ACUCUAUUCUAAAAUUUGCUCAAAUUAGAACUCCGUGGUCGUCAAAACACAACGCCAGCCAAAAUGUUGAAGUAUGUUCUGCUGUCCGCGAUCGUGGCAUGCUCUUUGGCUGCUACACUUCCCCCGGAAAUGACGACACAUGUCACGCAUCAUCCACACAACCACACGCAUACGCACGAACCAGCCGAGCAUGCGACCAUUACAUUCUACUACGACUUCCACACGCACCAGAUGGUUUUAUCGAAGGAAACAAACUGCUACAUCUUCGCCCUUUCCUUGGCGGAAAGACAGGACGUUCAUACUGAUGCAGGCAUGACCGCUCUUGAGUUGAAGUUGGUGAACCUGCUGACCACCGGAACCUUGACCACGGUAUCGAAGGACUCGCUUGAUCAUCAUCUUGUCCAAGCCUGCGGGAGGAAAGUGACCACAUAUCAUGACGUCACUCAAUAAUGUCGGUGGUCAUAUGACCAGAGUCCAUUGUGAAACGCUAGAUCAUUAAAGUUCAGAAUUUUA